AUGGCAAGUGCUGUUAGGUCAGGAGCAAUCAACGACGGCAAUGCUGGCAGAUCAGGUACGGCCAACGAUGGCAAUGCUGUCAGAUCAGGUACGGCCAACGAUGGUAGUGCUGGCAGAUCAGGUACGGCCAACGAUGGCAGUGCUGUUAGGUCAGGAGCAAUCAACGACGGCAAUGCUGUCAGAUCAGGUACGGCCAACGAUGGUAGUGCUGUCAGAUCAGGUACGGCCAACGAUGGUAGUGCUGGCAGAUCUGGUACUGCGAGAGAUGGUAAUGCUGCAUUUGGCAAACCGACCGGAGAAAUUGCUGAUGGUAACGGAGGUAAGCUUAGGUCCGAUACCGGUAACGAUGGAAGAGCUGAUGGUAUCUCCGGGACAAGCAGAGAGGGUAGCGCAACUGAAGGAAACUCUGGCACAUCUGAGCUGAGGCCUGGUAGCUCGAUUGGUACGUCAGGCAAAGGCGCAGCCGACGGCAGACUGAGGUCAGGUAUCGACAAUGAUGGUAAGACCGAUGGAAACUCUGGUACAGCCACAGAAGGCAGCGCAACUGACGGCAGACUGAGGUCAGGUAUCGAUAAUGAUGGCAAGGCCGAUGGGAACUCUGGUACAGCCACAGAAGGCAGGGCAACUGACGGCAGACUGAGGUCAGGUAUCGACAAUGAUGGCAAGGCUGAUGGGAACUCUGGUACAGCCACAGAAGGCAGGGCAACUGACGGCAGACUGAGGUCAGGUAUCGAUAAUGAUGGCAAGGCCGAUGGGAACUCUGGUACAGCCACAGAAGGCAGGGCAACUGACGGCAGACUGAGGUCAGGUAUCGACAAUGAUGGCAAGGCUGAUGGGAACUCUGGUACAGCCACAGAAGGCAGCGCAACGGAAGGUAUUUCUAAGAGAUUUGUUACCAAAGGAAGUCCUGGCAGUCCGCUGGUUAACUCAGAUGGCAGUGAGACCGAUGGCAGCUCUAGAUCUGGAAUUGAUAGCGAUGGCAGAGCGGAUGGAGCUUCUGGCACAGAUAGAGAAGGCAGUGCGAUUGAGAGUAGUUCUGGGACAUCCGAUACUAACGGUAGCCCUGGAAACGCAGUAGGCACGCCAGCUGGAAGCGCGGCCGACGGCAAAUUUAAGCUUGGCACAACCAGAGACGGCAGAGCCUCUGGAAGACCUGCGAUAUCUGUAACCAGGGGUAGAUCUGCGAGUUCGCUGGGUAGGUCAGACGGUAGUGCAACUGAAGGCACACUUAGAUUUGGUAAAGCGACAGAUGGCAGUGUCUCUGAAAGCAGUCCAGGAACAUCGGAUACCAAGGGGAGUCCUGGCAGUCCAAUAGGUAGCCCAGAUGGUAAAAAGACCGACGGUACAGGAAUAGAUGGCAGAACUGGAAACACUGGCAGCUCUCCUGCUGGUAUACCCGAUGGGAGCUCUGGGCCAUUCAGUGGUGCAGGGCUGUUAGGUAAUCCAAGCGAAGGAAGUGCAGAUAUUUCCGGUAGCGACGCAGGAAGUUGUAGGCUUGGAAAGGUGACUGAUGGCAGUGCUGGUAUAUCUGAAAGCGGGUUUGAAGGUAAUUCCGGGACAUUCGGUAGCUCUGGGAGCUUACUUGGCAGUUCGGAUGGCAAUACGACUGGCGGUACGCCAAUAGAUGGCAAACUUGGAGAACCUGGCACUCCAGCUGAAGGUAGACCAGGAACACCUGCUGCCACAUCCGAGGCUAGAGCAUCAAGACCAGGCAGCGCGGAUUGGAGAUCGAUCUCUGGCAACGUUGUCACGUCCGGUAGUGUAGGCGAAGGCACACUGAGGGACUGGUAG